AUGACGCACGAAAUAGCUCUGCUGGGGAGCGUUGGCCUCGUGUAUGCCGUGUACUCCUACAUCCUAUUGCCCGCCUUCUUCUCACCACUGGCAUCGAUUCCCACAGCUCAUUGGUCAUGCUCCGUCUCGGGCAUCUGGAUCCUGUUGGCCAAGUGGAAUGGGGUCGAGGAAGACACCCUUCUCCAGGCCCAUUCUCGCCUUGGCGAUGUCGUCAGGGUUGCUCCAAACACCGUCAGCAUUGCCGGGCUCGACGCUAUCCGCGCCGUGUACCAAGGCACAUUUGUAAAACCGUCGCUGUACGGCGCCUUCAAUCACUAUGGGAAACGGAUGAUUUCCAACAUUUACUCAAAGUCAUACGUCCAGUCUUCAGAAACGGCUCGGGCUCAGAUUUAUUUCAUUUUGUUUCGCCGACUUCUUCCGCUGCUCGAACAAGAGGCAACCUGUGCGUCCUCAGAAGGAACCGAUGUACAGCCCAUCCUGAUGGCCAUGGCCGUCGAUGUAAUCUCGGCUUAUAUACUGGGACGUGCCAACAGUACAGACUUUCUUCAUGACAGGGAUGCUUGGGAUGAACUGCGCUGUCAACUUCUCUUAGUUCCCAAACGCUUUUUCUGGGUCAAGGAGCUUCCCGGCCUCACAAGUUUCCUUUCUAAAUUCGGCACAACGCUAUACCCCAAGGCGGCGGAUGAAGCUUUGGGCCGUGUACGCCGUUGGAACAAGAAACUAUGUGACAAGGCACAUGCCUCGCUGUCGACUGAGCCCUUGGGGCCCAAUCACCCAGCGGAUGAAGCAGUUGUACUCAAGGCAUAUCGUAUUGGCCUCGAGAAAGCUGCCAAUGAAGAAGAGUCAAAUCUCUUUGCUACAUCGGCCGGCCAGCGAGAAUCAAUCACAGCCAGCGAGAUCAUGGACCAAAUAGUGGCCGGGCAUAGCCUCAUGACCAAGGCUCUCGUAAGCCUGGUGCGGUGUUUGUCCCAGUUUUCUCAUGUUCAAGAUCAGCUGCGCCAGGAGUUACUCAAGCUGGAGCCGUCCAUGGAAAUCGGCAAGAGUUGCCAAGGUGCCCUUCCUGACGCCAAAGAGCUGGACGCUUUGCCGGUCUUGCAUGCCGUCAUCAUGGAAACUCUUCGACUCGAAUCUCCUGUGUCGAAGCCCCUGUCGCGCGAAGUGCCAUUUCCUUCCUGCCAAAUUGGCCAACACGAAAUACCAGGAGGUGUGCGCAUUGAAGCAUCGCCCUAUGUACUCCAUCAUGCGGAGAGUGCUUUCCCAGACCCAACACGCUGGGAUCAUACACGAUGGCUGGAGCCCGUGUCAAGGGACGAAUAUCGCAUCAGGACGAGUCGCCAGUUCUGGGCAUUUGGCAGCGGGGGAAGAAGGUGUGUCGCGUCACAUUUCACGGUCAAUGGGAUAUACACGAACUUCAAGACCCAGCUGGCGGAUGAACACCACGACGGACGACCUGUACAGCCACCUACGAAUGCACCGAAUGGACUCUACUUGCGGUUUACCUCUCUCUGA